UUAUAUAGCAUUGUCUUCGUUCAUGGAUUGAAAGGCGAGCAAGAAGACUGGACAUCGGCAGAGAGUUCUAUCUUCUGGCCUGAAAAGCUUCUCCCUGCACAGGUCGCGGACGCACGUAUCUUGAUGUUUGAAUAUGAUGAUGCGACAAUUGAUUCCUUUUUUAAUGAAGAGGACCUGAUCGCUGGUAUUUCGGAUGACCUUGUCACCGAGCUUAUGGGCGAACGGCGCGAGCGUCCUGUGAUUUUCGUUGCCCAUUGUUUGGGAGGCUUGGUGGUUGAAUAUGCGCUUGUUCGAGCCUGUCAACAUGAGAAGAAAAAGGCUCUGGCCAGCUCUACCCAAGGCAUCAUUCUCCUCGGAACUCCCCAUUAUCAGCCACAAACAGUGAACGAGGCUAUCAAGUAUUUCCAAUUAGCCCAACAGACAGCCCCAAGUCCUUCCGAACUUGAAGCUUUGUCACAAUUUGUUUUGACAAUCCCCCGACACUUUGCCCAGUUCAAACAACAGUCGCCAGUGAAGGUUGAAUGCUUCUAUGAAGGAGCUCCAACCAAGGUGAACGAUCAAGAGAUCAAGAUCGUGGAUGUUUCCGUGGCCAAUGUCCCUGAUGGGUCUCCUGCCACCCGCCUAGCAGGCAACCAUCAUCAGAUGAGUCGGUUUGCUAGUGAGAAGGACAAGGACUUCAAGCGAAUUUAUCGAGUCCUCCAGGAGUGGGUGGAGGAUCUCCCUGCGCCUGAGGAGAAAGGCACGGUGAACAAUAUUUCCAACGCGUCCUUUGCUGGAUCCACCAACAGCGGUUAUCAGCUUGGUCAGAACGUGGGUAACCAGUCUGGGUUUGUUUUCGGUUCGCGGUAA